AUGGACCUCCGCCAUCCUGAACAAGGGAAGGCGCCUGUUGGUGCUGCAAAGAUUGGCAAACCGAGGCGUAACUCGAGCAGCAGCAGUAGCAGCGAUGAAGAGGCAAAGCCUAAGGUGACGGCAGCCACUCAACAAGUGCAACUGAGCGAAGCUUUCCAAAACCUGAGUACCAAGCAAGGCAGCAAAGUGUCAAGCAACAGCUUUUCCUCGUCGUCUUUCUCCAACCAAGAAUUCAAAAGUUUCUCUUCGUCCGGAAGCUCGCAGUUCGUCGGAAAGAAAGUCGAGUCCAGCUACCAAAGGAGCAGCAAGUCGGGGGUGCAGGUGACCCAGAGGGUUGUCUCCACCAGCUCCAGCAGUUCCAGCAAGUCCUCCAGCGCGACUAGAGAAGAGCUCUUUGUCGCUAGCAGUGGUGGUCAACACCACGAAGUUUUGAAAAUCGAGAACUGGUGUGGCACGAAAACUGCGAAAACUCCAGAGCAGAUCAGGAAGCAAAAUGAGGUUGCGGUAGAGAAAAUCGUGAAACAGGAGAGUUCCAAGAAAGAUGCUCCCGAGGAGAAGAAGAAAAUCAAGAAAACAGAAAAGCUUGGAGAACAGGUCGGAUCGUUGGUGGGAAAAAUCAAGACUAAGCUGAAAAAACCUGGAUCUCGGAGCAGCAGCAGCAGCAGCAGCAGCAGCUCGUCAGACAGCGAAGAGGAAAAAUAG